AUGUCUGUGAACGGAGUUGAAAAGUUUGCGAAGGCAGAGUUUGUGGUGGAGCUGGACCUGACAAAGGUCGCCGGCCUGGGACUGGAAGUUGACUGGGCAGAUGGAAAGACGCUUUUCAUCAAGAGUGUCAAGGUGGGAGAUGGGGGGGUGGACAGCACUUCUGCCUCUUCCUUGCUGGAACUCUGGCAGGCGGAAGGCGCCGUGCCUUCCUGGAACAAGAAGCACGCGGCCAGUGCGGUGGCUGCCGGUGAUCGGGUCAUUUCGAUCAAUGGAAAGGCAGGGGACCCGAAGGCAAGGCCGGAGCAGGGCAUCUGGCCGCCUGCCAUGCUGGCAGUGUGCAAGAAAGAGAAGCAACUUUCCUUGUUGGUCAGAGCAGGAUCCAACGAUGCAGCUCAGUUGCUGCAGAGGCAGAAAUGUCGUCAAAAGGCAAGCAAUCUUUUUGGAAACCGGUUGUUUUCCAAAUUCCUCGCCUCGGACCCGCUCGGUGGAGUCGCCGUGGGGCUGCGAAAUGAGCUGAGUGAAGUGAUCUCGAAUGCAGAGUGUGGAAUUGUAUCCAAGGCAGUGAAGAAAGUGGCUUCGAGCAUAGCGUCUGCCGUUCAGAACUCGCUGGCAGCACUGCCGUCCUCAGAAGAUGGGGGAAAGCCGAAGCAGAGCCCGAAGUUCUUCGACUUCAACGCGACGUACUCGGCUGUUUGCUAG